AAUCUCUGUAUUACUUCCGGGUUUUCAGCCAUGUGGUAAAACAGCUGUGGGUCAGGGUUCUGUUGACAGUAUUUUUAUUUUUCUUGGUUCUGCCUUUUGUAGAAGAAGAAAAGUGAGUAUGAGGAGAAGAGAGAAACAGCGGCAGGAAGCGGAGCGGAAGAAGAAGAAGACUGUAAGUUGCAGCGAAGAGGAAGACUCUGAUGUGGAGAAGAAGGUCUCUCUGUUUACCCUGAGAGGGGGGGAGGCAGAGGAGCUGCGGUUAAGCGGACACGAUGAUGAAGAUCAAAACCAAUCAGGUGGCGGGGCUGAGGAAGACUCUGGGGGCAGCGAAGAAGAAGAGGUAUCGGAGGGGGAGAGUAAUGAUGAAGGAGAUGAUGAUGAUGGUGAUGAAGAAGAAGAACUAGAAGAAGAAGAGGCUAAUGCAGAGGAAGAUGAUGAUGAUGAAGAAGAACUAGAAGAAGAAGAGGCUGAUGCAGAGGAAGAUGAUGAUGACGAAGAGGAAGAUGCUGAGGAAGAGGGGGGCCAUACUGGUGAUGGCACAGAGUUGCAGACAGAGGAAGGCAUCAGGAAAGAACUGUCCAACAUGCCCUUUGAGGAUGUCAUUAAGCUGCAGCAACAAGUGGGAACUAAAGCGUUCAAUGAGGCCGCAUUCAACAACAAAAAAUGCCGAGCUGUCAACAGUAAGAAACGGCUGAACAAAAACAGACCAAUGGAAAUUUCAUCAAAGAUUCCACCGUCCUUCCUACGGCAGGUCAUCCCUGCCAAGAAAUCAACCAGGAGAGAUCCUCGAUUUGACAGCCUGUCAGGAGAAUACAAACCAGAGAUUUUUGAAAAGACUUACAAGUUUAUCAAUGACAUCAAACACAGAGAGAAAGAGGUCAUUAAGAAGCAGCUAAAGAAGACAAAGACUGACCGCAAGAAGAAGGAGAAGCUGGAGUUCCUGCUGAAGAGAUUGAAUAACCAGGAGCGAGCGAGACUGAUCCAGGAGCAGCAGAGAGAGAGAGAGCUGCAGUUCAAGAAGCAGCAGCGAGAGCGAGCCAGUCUGGGAGAACGGCCAUUUUUCCUCAAGAAAUCGGAAAAGAAGAAGCUGCAGUUGGCCGAAAAGUAUCAGGAACUGAAGAAGAGCGGCAAACUGGAGAACUUCCUUAGCAAGAAACGGAAGAGAAACGCAGGAAAAGACCGCAGGAAGCUUCCUGGGAAACAGCUACACAACAAAAAGCCUUUUUCCUCCUGAGAAGUGUUGAAGAGCAAUGUGCUGAGAAAUGUUUGAUCAUCUCAGCUGUAGACUCAUUUCAGUGUUCUGAUGCUGUUGGUUCCCCACAUCAGGUGAACUUGCUCUGUAAAAGCUCUUUUUUUGUGAUCAAAGAUGAUGGGAAUCAUGAAUAUGUUCAUAAAAAAUACUAAAAGUGUGUUUGGAGAUUGUGUCAGAUGUACAAAUGCUUUUUUUUACAUGUAAAAAUAAUAAAGGUUUUCCUCAAUACUUUAAAUCCUCUGCUCACCCUGCUGCUUAUUCAAGUAUCUUAUUUAUCCCAAAGGGAAAGUAAAUUAUGUCCAAUCCACAACAGUCCUGUUGUCCUGAAUGAUCUCCUGUAGCAGUCAAUCUUUCAGCAAAUCUGAAGAGGCCUCUGACUGAAGACUGUUGUUUUAUGACAGUGUCAUGGCUGAUGUGAUGUGCCAGCCGUUCAGAAGCUGAUUUAUGUAAUAAAACCAGAGACAAAAGUGGCCAUAGGCAUAUUUUCAUUUAUAAAUCAGUAACUAGCUUACUACCAAUAUAUCUAACUACAUAUAUUUGACAUAAUCAGAGCAACUACAGCCUCCUCUCACUUGUUUUUACUACAUUUAACGUUACUUCAGUGUGACACAAACUUCUAUCAUAUGAACAGAAGCCAUAGUAGCAUAAUUAAACCAAAUAGUUUUAAACAACUAGACAAUAAGAAAGCAUCGCUGGAUCAGUUUUAAUAUUUUACUGCUAUCCUCUUAUUUUCAUUUUAUUUACUGCAUUAAUUGCACUGACAUGUCCGUUUUAAGAGACUGGAUUUGAAAAUUAGGCAUCUCAAAGAUAUUUACUCAAAUAAUCAAAAGUGGAAUUACAAAAUAUUAAUUUUUUCAGGUAGACUUAUUUAUUUUAGUGUUUUUAUGAAGAUGUGCAAGCUGUUAAUCUUUUUUUUCUGUUCUCUAUCAAUUUUGGUGAUUUUUUACCCAACUUUUUGAUGCUGGAUGUUUCUGGUCAACUUUGAGAACUGAUUUUUUCUUUUACAUGUUUCGCUAUAUUUCUAUACACUCCACUCUUGAAAUACGACUAAAACGGAAUAUUCACCAUCAAGAGCUUUUUAGGAUUAUUUUGCUUUGAUCUGUUGUCUUAAAAGUUAGUUGGUCUAUAGAGGAUCAGAACCAAAACAGAUGGGAGUCAGGUUUUCAGAUUGUAACUUUAAAUUAAAUGUGAGAGUAAUGCAACUUCAAAGAAAAUACAUGUGGUGUAAAUGCAAAGGCAUAAAAUUGUUUGGUUACAGAUUUGAAAUGAAAGUAUGAUUGGAUUGAAUUGUAAUAAAUGGAUUCAAAAUGAGUUGGUGAACGGGUGAAAUGAUCCGGCCAUGAAAUUAGUCCAUUUGCCAUUGUUAUGUUUGUUUAUAGAUGUACAUGUUGUUUUGAUUGUAGGUCCCAGGAAAAUAAGUAUGGUGCAAAAUAAAACAUUAUAUUUAAAGCAAGUGAUUAAAACAUAAAAAACUUUCCAAGUAUAUUUUUACUAAAAAAUGUACAUAACAGAUGAGUCGCUCAAUUUCACUCCAGUUGAUGAACUCAAAAUAUUACAUCAAUUAAAUUUUUACAAACACAUAUGAUCAUGUUGUUGUGCAUCUUUGCCAAUAUUCACAACUCAAACCCU